GGUAGCUUCAUUGAAAGAUUUGCGUGGACGGUGGAAAGCGGCAAGCGCUCGUGGGAGGGGGCAAGUGACCGCGUUUUCGUUUUGUGAGUGGCGCCGCGUCAAGCAGGGAAUCCCUCCCAGGGCUCCCGGAUCUGUGAGUAUCACCGGCAACGUGCUUGAUUGAUCCAGUCCAGGGCAUUCCUUCCGCGCAGGAGCUCGCUAGCUCGCCAUGGCAGUGAUCCGAUAUUUGGGGCGCCAGUCGUCCAUGGCGCCGGAGGGAUCCGGCGAGUCAAGAACAGCGGACGAUAGCGGCGACAUGGAGUGCGGCGCUGGGGAUGACGAUGCCUCGCGCGAUGUGAUCCAGCUGCUGUGGAGCGCCUCGCUGGGCGAUGUGGCUGGAGUGAGAGCGCUUCUCGGCAAGGGCAUGGAUGUGAAUAGCACGGAUUUCGAUAGCAGGACCGCGCUUCAUGUGGCGGCUUGCGAGGGGAAGAAAGAGACUGUGGAGCUUCUCAUCGCCGAGGGAGCUGAUGUAAAUGCGAGAGAUCGAUGGGGAAGCACUCCUCUGGCGGAUGCUGAGCACUAUAAAUGCGAUGAAGUGUCGCAAAUUCUACUCGCCCACGGUGCGCAAUUGGCAGAUACUUCUCCGAUGAGAGUUUCCAAUUCCUACAGUGUUCCCGAGUAUGAAAUCGAUCGAGAGGAGCUCUCAGUGUCAAGCGAGGAUUCCUUCACGAUUGGAAAGUGGCGAGGAACCAAAGUUUUUGUAAAAGUCAUCUCGAUCGACACGAAAACAGGAGAUGACAAGCUAAAGGAGUUUAUCAACGAGCUCUCUCUAGCGUUGAAGCUUCGGCACCCGAAUGUGGUCCAGUUUCUGGGUGCUGUUACACAGAGCAUUCCCGUCAUGCUUGUGAUGGAGCAUCUCCCAAAGGGAGAUCUCCAAUCAUACAUGAAGAAGAAAGGAAAGCCCCUCAAGCCCAAGAAGGCGCUCAAAUUCGCCUUGGACAUUGCGAGGGGAUUGAACUAUGUGCAUGAGUUUAAACCGGAGCCUGUCAUUCACAGCAACUUGAAGCCCAGUAACUUGUUGCGUGACAAGGCAGGGCAUUUGAAAAUCACGGACUUCGCAUUCACAAAGUAUGCAUUCAAUGACCGGCAAUUUGUUCCAGAUUCUGGGCGAUACAUGGCACCUGAGCUGUAUCGUUGUGAAGACUAUGACAGCAAAGUGGACGUCUUCUCGUUUGCAUUGAUUGUCCAAGAGAUGAUGGAAGGAGUUCCUCCAUUUCCUAAACUCGGUGAAGAAGAAGUUGCUAAGAGCUAUGCGGACGGAAAGAGACCGCCUUUCAAGAUUAAACCAAGAUACUAUCCUGAAGGCCUCAAAGAUUUAAUUGAGAAAUGCUGGCACGAUGAUCCUAGAAAAAGACCCUCUUUCAGAACAAUCUGCAAGGAAGUCGAGAAAAUCCGGAUUGAGUACAACAGCGACACGUUUAAAGCGUGUGUCACGAAGGUCAGAUACUCAAGGUUUUGCUGUAGAUAGGCAUCCAUUUUUUGCUAGUUUCUGUCUGUGUAUUCGACUUGAUUUAACUGUCAACCAGAUAAAUAACAAACCUUUGGAUGCCAAGGCACCAAAGCCAGAUUUUGACAA